UUCUCCGCUUUCACUUAACUGACAGCCUUCCCUUUUGCUUUGGGAAUUCUACCCUCAAACAAACUACCAAGAAUUGAUCCUUUUGAGAUUUAUUAUCCACUGCCGUCUUUCCUAGUGAAGCUCUCUGGACACCGACACAUUCUCGUGCCUAUCGCAAUGGUUCAGUUUUCGGAAGAGACUAAGGAGCGCAUCUCCAAGGUUAUUGAUGUUUCAAGGGUCGCUAUUCACUACGGAUAUCUACCCUUGAUUGUUUAUCUCGGUUAUACGUAUAGCGAACCCAAACCAUCUUUGUUCAAGUUAUUUUCACCGCUCGCAUAAAGUGAAUGAGUCCCAAAGGAUCUGUCGAUACAAAUAACAAUUUGUUAGGACCGAGAGGUUUUCCUUUUCUGUUGUGCCUUUUUCGCCUACAACAGGGGGAGUUCAGCUCAUGGCUGAGUGGCUGAUGGGAACUCUGUCUUGUUCAGUUUGUUGUGACGAAGAUCGGGAGAUUUUACAUUGACACCAUGUAUUUUUAAGGACAUUUUUUAUUUAUAUAAGGGUACUCUCUGGAUGAUGAA